UCGGUGCAGGCAGCGCCCGGGCCGCCCGCGCCUCCGCCGGGGGGCGGCCCCGCGCCGCGCCGGGCCUCGCCGCCAUCUUGGCCGCUGCGGCCGGGAGCGGGACGGGCCGCGCUGCGCCGCGCCGGGGGAGAAAAUGAUCCACAGUCUGUUUCUUAUAAACUGUUCUGGUGAUAUAUUCUUGGAGAAGCACUGGAAGAGCGUUGUGAGCCAAUCUGUGUGUGAUUAUUUCUUUGAAGCUCAGGAGAAAGCAGUCGAUGUUGAAAAUGUGCCUCCUGUCAUCUCAACGCCGCAUCACUACCUCAUCAGCAUCUAUCGGGAUAAAAUCUUCUUUGUGUCUGUCAUACAGACAGAAGUGCCACCACUAUUUGUGAUUGAAUUUCUGCACCGAGUAGCAGAUACUUUCCAGGAUUACUUUGGCGAAUGUUCCGAGACUGCAGUUAAGGACAAUGUAGUUAUUGUGUACGAGCUUCUAGAAGAAAUGUUAGACAAUGGCUUUCCACUGGCAACAGAAUCUAACAUACUGAAGGAGCUGAUUAAGCCUCCCACAAUUUUGCGCUCCGUUGUCAACUCCAUCACAGGCAGUAGUAACGUGGGUGACACACUUCCCACUGGGCAGCUGUCUAACAUCCCUUGGCGCAGAGCAGGGGUAAAAUACACAAACAACGAAGCCUAUUUUGAUGUCAUUGAAGAAAUUGAUGCAAUUAUAGACAAAUCAGGUUCCACAGUCUUUGCAGAAAUCCAAGGUGUUAUUGAUUCAUGCAUUAAGCUCUCAGGAAUGCCAGAUCUUUCUCUUUCUUUCAUGAACCCAAGGCUGCUGGAUGAUGUCAGCUUCCAUCCAUGUAUUCGGUUCAAACGCUGGGAGUCUGAAAGAGUUCUUUCGUUUAUUCCUCCAGAUGGGAAUUUCAGAUUGAUCUCCUACCGUGUCAGCUCACAGAAUUUGGUGGCAAUUCCUGUGUAUGUGAAACACAUGAUCAGUUUUAAGGAGAACAGUUCUUCAGGAAGAUUUGAUGUUACCAUUGGACCAAAACAGAACAUGGGGAAAACAGUAGAAGGAGUUGUCAUGACAGUUCACAUGCCAAAGGCAGUACUUAACAUGAACCUCAGUUCUACGCAAGGCAACUAUACAUUUGACCCAGUAACUAAAGUGUUAACAUGGGACGUGGGCAAAAUUACCCCUCAAAAGCUACCAAAUCUCAAGGGUGCAGUGAACCUACAGUCCGGAGCCCCCAAGCCAGAGGAGAAUCCAAGCUUAAACAUCCAGUUUAAGAUACAGCAGCUUGCAAUUUCAGGAUUGAAAGUAAAUCGCCUGGACAUGUAUGGAGAAAAAUACAAGCCUUUUAAAGGUGUCAAAUAUAUUACAAAAGCAGGAAAAUUCCAAGUCAGGACAUGAGAAGAUGCUCUACUGCCAAGAGAAAAUUCCCCUUUAAAAGGGAAAAAGAAAAAAACCCACUACCAUAAAUGACUGCUUAGUGACUUAUGUUGCUAUUAAGUAGGUGCCAAUUAAUAGACAUUGAUUAGUUUGAGAUCAAAGCAUUUGUGCGCAGCAGGUCUUAAAAUGAAAACGUAGCUUAUUUUUUCUUAAUAUGGCUUUAAAAUAAGGUACCUUUUUUUCUAAUACACCUUCACCCUUUUUUACUGAAUUGUUGUGCUGGUGAAUAGUUAGAUAUAGGUAAUCCACAGAAUGUCACAAACACUACACUGCCAAAUCAGAUACCAAAGCAGAGAGGCCAAGCACAUUAUAAAGCCUAGACAGGCCAUUGGGAAAGUCUUGUGGUAGCACAUUUUGCUGAGAAAGCUCAGCUAUUCUCAUAGCCAGCUGCAAGUUGGUAUUCCACAAAGCAUCAUGUAAACCCUUCAGAAAUAGAGAACAGCAGAGUGGUGGAAAGGGCUCCCAGACGGGCCUUGGGCAUAGCAAAUGUCACUCCUGAGAAAGAGCUUCUGAUGAAGGAGAAAAAAAAGCAGGAGGGGAAAAAAAAUAUUUUCCUUGUUUACAAGAAACUGCCUUUCUUAAGAAGCAUUUGCCUUAAUCUGCUUUCAUUUGUGCCAUCUGCAGAUAAGCUGAUAAAAAUAACAUUCUGCAUUAAAUCUGGGGGUGGUUGUUGCUUCAGUAGUCCACUUUCUUUCCAUUCAGUCUCAUCAUCAUAUUCAUCAUUUUUUAAGAAUACAGGUGCAGAGAGUAAGAUCUAUUUUUUAUGUGAAGCCUGAGCUUUGAUUCAGAUGUUCCACUUGUUUGAAGUGGAUGCCACCUGAUUUGUGCCAUGUGUACAUUGGAGCAUAGCUUUUAGAUAGCACAGUAGACGUGUCAAAUGUAUUUAAUGGUUGUGUGCUUUAAUGUAAUGAAAUAAAGGGAACUCUACUGCAAAUCCA